AUGACUCUGGAAGGGUUAUCUGAUGCCCACGCGAUCCUGCUUGCAACUCACCUUUGCGCUGGUGGAAGCGUGACUGAGCUUCCCUAUCUGCAAGCGCAAUACCCCCAUUGUUUCCCAUUGGAACGCCUCCUACGUAUCAUCUUGACAUACCUACCCGAAAGCAUAGAACCCUCCCAUUAUGUUCCAGUGCUGCAAGAGCUUACUGGAACCCCCGAUCGUACAUACCAAGACCGAGAGAUUGAUACUUCUGCCGUCAAGAAUUUGACCGAGUCGGAAGCGAGACAGCGCGUGCGGAAGCUCCGUCUACGACCUCUGAAGCGGGACGAAGAAGAAGAGGAAGUGGAAUCGUGUGACCCUUUGACUAGAUUCAUUAUUCAUCGCGCAUACUUGAUUGAUAUCGAAACUGCGCUCCAACCGCUCAUUCUCAACCUGAUUCUUCCCUUCUACGAACAGCAGCCAGUGAUUCGAGCAUGGCUGAUCUCAAGCCUCUUACCGGCACUCCGACUCAAUUACGAAUAUUAUCCGAACCGCGACGAGGCAUUGUCAUUGGAGACCUUGGAAUUGUUGGAUGAUCAGACCGCAGUCAAUGUUCUGUUGUCCAUUGCUGGUCCAGAGAGGAACGAUAUGGAUUUGGUCAACAACUUGAGGGGAUUAAUUGGCCCCUGGCUUUAUGGAAGCAAUCGAUCAAAACGGCGGAGGUUGAAUGAAGCAGCCGAACAUAACUCGAUAACAUUCGUCGAGGGAGCACCAAAGCCAAAGUCUACUGAGCUGGCUGGUUGGGAAUAUGUGAACGAAUGGCUAUUGUCACGAAGUCUAGUGGACACUGACAGUGUGGUAAAUGCUUUUGUCAACUGGAAUGGUCCCGAGGAUGUUGAUCUGGGUGGUUAUGACGAGAAUGGCGCUCAGAUCCCAUCAGAUACUGCGAAGACGUUGCUGAGUCGGUAUGGCCAGUCCGGCCUGUCCGUGGUAUACGCUCAGGCAGAUUCUUCCGAGAGGGCACUUGAAGGAUCAUUCAAAGUUCUAUCGCGGGUCUCUCAGCUUCUCAAUCUCGAAGAAUUUUCAUAUCAUUCCACCGAGACUGCCCUCCCAUCGGUGGAUUUUGAUGCUGAGUUGAUCUCAUCGACUACGCGGGUUUCUUUAUUGCAAAACGCUCUACUCAGGCCACAAAACCCACUGACAACGCCAUCGCCAUCUUCGGUAUCAUUUGCUAGUGCCUUGCUCCUGUCUCUACGUAUAUUGACCAACCUUGGCCAUGUGAUUCCCUCACGGGUUGCUGCAAACAUGUGCCUUCAUAGCAGUGAAGAUAUGCAAAUGGCAGAGCUGCAAAGCGUGGUAGUAUCUACGGUGAAACAACCUCGAUCAAAGGAAGAUUGGCAAGUAGCUCGGCAGCAUCUACUCUGGCUUCGAGACUGGCAAGCAGAGCAUUCCGACAAUGGCUGGGAUGAGCCAACCACCCACCACGGCCUGUUUUGGAGAAUAUCACGCGACAAAGUUGAAAUGGAGAUUCUGAAGGCCUUGCUUGGAGCAAAAGAACAUCAAUUGGCUGUCGAUCUAUAUACACGAGACUCAUCGCCACUGAAGUCCACUCAAGUGGAAGCAACCGUGGUGGAGACAAUUUUCACGACCUAUGAUAACGCAAGCAAUGGAAACCGGACCCGUGGAGCCAUGAAGAGAGCUUACGAUAUCUUGCAAGCAUUCCAGCCGCAUUUCCCUGACUCGGCCUCGUUAAAGCAAAUUAGUGCUCUGAUAGCAGCAACCCAUGCUCUAUCAUUCUACUCAUUGAAGUUACAAUACGGGGUCCCAUUUCAGCCAGUCAGCAUCCGGGCCCACCAUGAUCCUCUCUCACUGCUUGAGAAAGUGCUCGAACAAAAUGACAAAAGCUACACAAAGCUGGACGACCUCCUCUACAUUGGCCGGAACCUAGUCGCGGCAGGCUUGCCAACCUCAACAGAAUUAGGAUUUCAAGCACAAGACCAAGAACAACUCUCAGAAGCCCUCAUCGCAGCAGAACGCCGGAUCACCUCCCUCGCCAUCGCCUCUGCCCUAACUUCCAACGAUUUCGGCACAGCAUACAGCUACGUCCUCACCCGCCUCACACCCCCAUCUAACCUUAACACUGCAUCCCCCCUUCUCACAACCUCCUCCACACCAGACGACAUCUCCUGGCGCGCAGUCUACAAUGCAGGCCGUUUCCGUUCCACAACACCCAACCCCUCCACCCCACUCACAUCCCAAAUAAAUCACCUCUCCCAACGCAUGGAACUACUUUCCCUAGCCCUAGUCCUAACCCCAACACCCGACCCACUCCCCGAAAUUCUUGGUGCCUGGCGCCGCUGCGACGAGGAAAUGUCCUCCCUUCGUGCCCGCGAACAAUCCGAGGAAGACGUUUGGGACGCCAAGGGCGACAGCCUGUCUACUGUACCGGGUGGCUUUGGGCCUUCGGAUUCAGAGCGCGACGCAUUUGAUACCGCGCAACAGCGUGCCGCGAGACGGGCUCGCGCUCGGGCUGCGAUGCCGCAGUCACAUCCACAUGAGGCGCCUAUGGGCUUGUUCGAGGUCGCGAGGGGGGCUGCGAUGGCGUUGCGUAAGAAUGCAUUCCCGUUGCAUGGUGCUGCCUCUUCAGUUUCGGCUUCAGGUUCGACAGCGGCUAGAGCUAAGGCUAGGGCUGAGGUUGAAGGGGAUGAGCAUUCGGAGCAAGGCGAUCGUGUCCGCAAGAGAGAUAUGGUUAGUAAUAUGGUUACUGGAGGAUUGGCAAGUGGUAUUGGAUGGGUUUUGGGCGCUGAGCCGGUGAAUCGGUAG